AUGCCACACGCCACACCACACCACACCACACCAUCCUCUUCAUUCCUGCUACCCAGUAUCCGGGCACCCGUGCUCCCAACAUCUUCCUCUAUACCUGCCCGCCACACGCCACACGCCACGCCAUCCUCCUCAUUCCCACUACCCAGUAUCUGGGCACCCGCACUCCCAACAUCUUCCUUUAUACCUGCCCGCCACACGCCACACGCCACACGCCACACGCCACACGCCACACGCCACACGCCACACGCCACACGCCACACGCCACACGCCACACGCCACACGCCACACGCCACACGCCACACGCCACACGCCACACGCCACACGCCAUCCUCUUCAUUCCCGCUACCCAGUAUCCGACAUGCCACGCUGUAG